AUGUUUAGCUAUUAUCCAAUAUUUAUUAGUAUUUUUCUUUCCCUAAUAGUGUUUCGUUUGUCUGCUUACUCUCAUCAAAUUCCUUUUUCCGUGAAAAGUAGUGAUUUUAAUAGUAAAUACUUUACUCUAAAACAAGUUUUACACCAUGGUGGAACUUCACCUUCAACUAAGAACUUAUUCAGAAAGCUUGAAAUAAAUCCCCAAAACAGACAAUCUAUAUUUACCCAAUUUUCUUUUACCGCUAGUUUAGGUGAUAACUAUCAUGUAGUUAGUUGUAUUGAUAACCCAAACCCUAUAGACCAUUUAUUUGGUGUAAAAACGGUUCAGAAUAAAAUUCCAAAUUAUAAAGAUAAAGACUCAAUAUCGAGUUUAGCUAAAAUGAGUUAUGACGCAUAUAUUGAGUUGUCAAAAGAAGCUGAUUGGCUUGAUUUAGACGAAAAUUGGGAGAAACUACCAUUUGGUUGGGAAGAUGUGGGUUUGCGAGGUUACGUAUUUGCAGAUCCAGAUAAUUCUACAAUUAUAAUAGCAUUCAAAGGAACUAGUUUACAUUUAAUAAAUGGUGGUGGUCCGACUGCUUCUAAAGAUAAGCUUAAUGUAAGUUUACCUUCGUUAAUAGCACUAAAUCAUAGUCUACCUGCAGUAUUAUUCCAAACUCCCGGUGAACUCCUCUAUGCAAAACGAAUUGGUCUUCUUUCUUAUAACUCUGAAUCUGAAUUAAACGAUUAUUUGGAAGGAUUGCAUAUUUAUCAUUUUGGACAUACAGCAGAUCCAGUAUACAGUGGCACCUGUAAUGGUAAAACUUCAACAUGUUAUCAUGGAGGAUUCGCUGUAAGCAACACAUGUACAUAUGAUACUCGCGCUAAACUUGGUUGGAGACGCUCAAUUAUGAAUCAUGCUCUGUUACCGUUCAUUAAUCAAGUCAUUAAAGAAUGGCCUAGAAUUACGGAAGGAAAGGAAAAUAUUGCAAAGUGUGAAGUUGACCGAGAAUGCAAGGAUUGUGAAGGAUGGAUUGCACACUUGGUUAAAGAAAUUUCAAAAGCAUCACCUCCAAUACAUAAGGAAACUAAUGAUCUUGUGUAUGUUUUUGUCGACAACUUUAAUAUCACUAUUGAAGGAAAAUAUACUGUUGGCAACCUUGAACACUUUGGUUCAUUUGAUUAUGAAAGAAAUUCACAUUACUUUAGUCAACUUUGCAUUGACUACAGUCGACUUUUUAAAACUGUUCAGCAUGGAUAUAAACUGGGAUAUGCUUCUGUUAUUGUUGGCUCACGUCCUCUGCCAAAUGAUUCUAUAUGGAGACGUAUUCAAAAACAAGGGUAUGAAGUUACUGUGUUUGAUCGGGAUUCUAUAUUACACUGUGAAAAAGAAGUCGAUAUAAAGCUCGCAAUUAGUGCAAUAAAGACUGUUACUAUUAAUGACCCCGGUAUAUUAAUUCUGGUUACUGGAGAUCGUGAUUAUACACUCUUGGUAGAAACGGCCAUGAAAAAUAAUUGGAUAGUUCAGACUUGGUUUUGGAUUUCAGAUUAA